UCGCCGUCCGCCCGGCUCGGGGAUGCUGGUCGCCUGUGCUUAAUGGUCCCUGGCGCCUCUGUUGCAGGCUCUGCGGCGCGGUGAUCCGCACGCGGAGAGCAAGUUUAGGCGGGACUCGGGGAGACCUAGGAAACCUGGAAAUGGUCCGUCCUCGGAUUCCCAAAGCCAGCUUUCCUCCGGAGUCACAGCAUCAUGACCGACUAGCCUCCGGGGUGCGUUUCAAACAGACUCAAUAUUUUGACUCUGUGACAUUUGAGGAUGUGGCUGUGAACUUUAGUCUGGAGGAGUGGGCCUUACUGGAUUCUUUACAAAAGAAACUCUACAAAGAUGUGAUGAGGGAAACCUUCAGGAACCUGGCCUCCAUAGGGGGAAAAUGGGAAGAUCACGAAAUUGAAGAUCAGUACAAAAACCAGGGGAGUAAACACAGAAGUCAAAUGGUAGAGAGGAGCUGCAAAAGGAAGGAGGAUAGUCAAUGUGGAGAAAACUUAACCCUUAUUCCAAAUCUCAGUCUGACGAAAUCUCUUCCUGGAGCAAAACCAUGGGAAUACAGUGCAUGUGGUGAAGUCUUCAUGCAUCAUUCAUCCCAUAAUAGGGACAUUAAAUGUCAAACUAGACACAAGACCUCUGAGAAUCAGAAAUAUGGAGAGAAACCAUAUAAAUGUAGUAGAUGUGGGAGACCCUUCACUUAUAUUCAGUUGUUUGAAAAACAUGAAAGAAAUCACAAUGGAGAGGAAUCUUAUAAAUGUGAGGAAUGUUGGAAAGCCUUCAGGUGGCUCAAAAGCCCUCAAAGACACAUGAUCAAACAUACUGCAGAUGCUCCUUAUAAAUGUAAGGAGAGUUUGAAAACCUUUAGUUCUUCAGUUUUUCUUCAAGCAUGUGAGAGAAGCCACAUUGUAGAGAAGCCCUAUCAAUGUAAACUCUGUGGAAAAGCCUUCCGAUAUUACAAAAGUUUUCAAAGACAUGAAAGGAAUCACCCUGGAGAGAAACCCUAUGAAUGUAAAAAAUGCAAUAAAGCAUUCAGGUAUCCCAGUCAUCUUCAAAUACAUGAAAGAAUUCACACUGAAGAGAAACCCUAUGAAUGUAAGCAAUGUGGAAAGACCUUCAGAUCUUACAGUUCCUUACAGCCACAUGAAAUGACUCACACAGGAGAGAAACCCUAUGAAUGUAAGGAAUGUGGAAAAGCAUUCAGAUAUUACAGUUCCUUACAAAUACAUGAAAGGUCUCACACUGGAGAGAAACCCUAUGACUGUAAAAAAUGUAGCAAAGCAUUCAGUGCUCCCAGUUGUCUUCGCAAACAUGAAAGAAUUCACAGUGCAGAGAAACCCUAUGGAUGUAAAGAAUGUGGAAAAGCCUUUAGAUUUUAUAGUUCCUUACAAACCCAUGAGAGGACGCACACAGGAGAGAAACCCUAUGAAUGUAAGCAAUGUGGAAAGGCCUUGAGAUAUUUCAGUUCCUUGCAAAUACAUGAAAGGAUACACACAGGAGAGAAACCCUAUGAAUGUAAGGAAUGUGGAAAUGCAUUCAGAUGUAACAGUUUCUUAAAAAUACACAAAAAAUCUCACACUGGAGAGAAACCCUAUGAAUGUGAAAAGUGUAGUAAAGUGUUCAGUACUCCUAGUAAUCUUCGAAUACAUGAAAGAACUCACACUGCAGAGAAACCCUAUAAAUGUAAGGAGUGUGGAAAAGCCUUCAGAUACUAUCGUUCCUUACAAACACAUGAAAGGACUCACACAGGAGAGAAACCCUAUGAAUGUAAACAUUGUGGGAAAGCCUUCAUUUGUCGCACUACCAUUCAAAGACACAUGAAAAUGCACACUGGUAAAACACCGUAUCAAUGUAAAGAAUGUGGGAAAGCAUUCACUUGCCUUAGUUUAUAUCAAAGACACGAAAGAACUCACACUGGAGAGAAACCCUAUGAAUGUAAACAAUGUGGAAAAGCCUACAGAGAUCACAGUUCCUUACAAAGACAUGAAAGGACUCACACUGGAGAGAAACCCUAUGAAUGUAAGGAAUGUGGGAAAGCCUUUAUUUGUAACAAAAUUUUUCGAAUACACAUGAUGAGAGUGCACACUACAGAAAAACCAUAUAAAUGUGAAGAAUGUGGGAAAGCCUUUAGUCAUCCCUAUUCCUUUCGAAGGCAUGAAAGGACUCACUGGAUAAAACCUCUUGAAUGUAAAUAGUGUGGGAAAGACUUCAGUUGGCCUACAUCCUUACAUGUGAAAACUCCCACUGAAAAGAAAUAAAAAUGCAAAUAACAUGAGAAGGAUUGACACAAAUUAAUCCUAUCUAAUGAAGAUGGAAUAUGCAAAUUGACCAUCACUUCACAACAAAGAUGGUGGCACCCGCAGCCAAUAAGGAGGGAAUAUGCAAAUUGACGCAACAAAGAUGGUGGCGGCUGGGCCAGAGCAAAGGCAAGAGGCAGUGGCCGGAGCGAAGGCCCAGGUCCCAGGUGCCAGAGGGAAGCCGGUAACAGCAGCCAGGGGAUGGAAGGCCUAUUCUUGCACGAAUCUUUGUGCAUCGGGCCUCUAGUUUAGUUAUAAUGGUCUAGAAAACUCAAUAUUUAAAAUAGUAAGUAAAUUAUGUUUACCAGUUUUUUAAGUGCAUAGUUGGACAUGGGAUUUAUGCUACAGUUGAUCCUUGGAAACCUCAGGAGUUAAGGGAACCUGUUUUCCAUGCAGUUGAAAACUUUUGUGUAACCUAAGCUAGCCCUCUUCAUAAAUGAAUACCAAACCAAAGAUUGAAAAUACAGUUGAUCCUUGAACAACCCAAGUUUGAAACUGCACAGGUCCACGUUUUAAAUCCUGCAGAAAAAUGGACCUGCACAUUUCAAACUCAUGUUGUUUAAGCGUCAGUUACUUUUAGAAAUAUUGAGGUGAAAUAAUUUUAGAAUUUGUCUUUAAAUAAUUAUAUAACAUUAAUAGGUAAUAAAUAAUUAAUGAAUUCUAAUAUUGAGCACAAAGCAUCAAGGACUGUGAGGUAUAUCAGAGUGUUCAUAAGGAUUUUGACUUGUGUUAGAUGAUUUCAUUGCUAAUCGAGGAAGACCUUUUUCUGUAUUAUCAUCAGUUAAUAACAUUGUUUCUACAUUUUGAAGCUUGUUAGAUCCAUGGGUGAAUUCAAGUUUACUUCUAAUAUGCAAUUAGGUUUAACUUUUAAUAAUGUUUUGUUUCAUGUUAAGGGGCCAUUGGAAAAAAGACAGUUUGGUAUUUGUUGGGAUUUUCCCACUGGUUUUAUGAUAGUUCCUGGAUAUUUCUAUUCCAUGAUACAUAUAUUCUCUCUUCUAUACUGACAAAACUCCUUGUGUGGGGUGAUGGGUAUUAGAUACUGUUUCCAUUUUUCAUUCUAAUUAAACAGGUAGAAUAAAUUUUUAAGUAUGUCAAGUUUAUGAAAGAUUUUAGUUUCGUGUGAAUUAUUUUCAUAUUUCAGCCUUUGCUGUUUUAUUUGACUUGCAUUUGGUGAAUAGAUUUUUAUUUAAGAAGAGAGAUCUGUAAUAAAUAGAAAAAGAAAAUAGAAUUGGAAAUAUCACCCCUGUGGGUAGUGUUAGUAACUAGAUUUUUAGAAUCUAUGCCCUUUGUAGUUCCAUUAGAUGUUACUAGUAGCCCCAUAGUGUGAGAUUUCGAAAGCAGAAGCGAAGAAGACAUUAAUUAGUCAUAUUGUAGAGCUACCACACAGGGAGAAAGAGGUACCUACAUACCAUCUUACACUUCAUUUUUAAAAAUUCUUUGCCCUUUCAGUCAAGAUUAUACUUGAAACCACCACCAACUGGGUAAUUUCCAUUUUUUAGGUAUAGGUUUCCACUGAUGUCUUCACAAAUUGCACAUCAAAGAUCCAUCAGAGUUUGGAUUUUCCUGUAAGCUAUCUUGUGUCCACCAUGAAACUGAUUCAGACUUUUAUGUUUAUAUCUGAUUCCCUUCUUCUCUAGAUUACAUCUGCAUAAGAUCUAAAUUAUAUAGGAAACACCUUAUGCUGUUAAUAGUGCUAGUAUAUGUCCUUGGUUGACCAUGACAUCACAUGCUGCUACGGAAAAGAACAUGGAGUUUGUUUCUCUGCUGCAUGUUUUGGGGUUGUGUUGACCCGGUCCUUCGGUG